CGGGACAUUUCCGCACACGCGGGUCAGCUGAUCGAGACACGCGGAAAGCACUUACUAACAGAACUCCACAAAAAAAAAAAAAAAAAAAGUCCCCCGCACGCUGAGCACACUGUUAGUAACUUUUAGCCGCUCCACGGAUCCACGCCUAGUCCUGCGUCAAGUCCGCAUUUCGCAUGACACGUUGAGGAAGAAGGGAGAAAGCGAGCAAAAUAUUCGUCUGCUCAUUCCGACUGCUAGUGAUGGCGCACAGGGAGGCACCGGUGGCUUUGAAUGGAACUCAUAUUUCUUACAUUGGACAUGAUUGUGAGGACAUCCCAGACUUCCUCGGUGACUCAUUUGGAGAUUUUGCCAGAAGGCUUGACUUGAGCUUCAAUCAGCUAAGCUCCCUGGCAGGCCUCAAAACGUUCACUGAGCUGGAAGAGCUGGUCGUGGACAACAAUCUGCUCGGGAAUGACCUCCGCUUGCCCAGGUUGCCUAACCUGCACACCUUGACGCUUAAUAAGAACAAACUGACUGAUAUUGAGGCCCUGCUGGAGCACUUGGCUGACGUGACCCCGUCGCUGGAGUACCUCAGCUUGCUGGGCAAUGAGGCCUGCCCCAACCAGCUGGUCAGCCUGGAUAAAGAUGAGGAUGACUAUCAGAGAUACAGGUAUUUUGUUCUGCACAAGCUCCCGCAGCUGAAGUUUCUGGACACCAGGAAAGUUACCAUUAAAGAAGUGACUGAGGCUCAAGCGAGAGGAGCAUUCAUGAAGGUGCUCAAGCCCAAGUCGGACACUCCGUUAAACGAAGGCGGAUUUGAGAAGCGCUCUGUGCCCUACACACCUCUACCCCGAGGAGUCAGGGAUGCUACAAACCACAAAGGCCACUUUGCCAAGUGCCGUUACGUCUACUACGGCAAGCAUUCCGAAGGAAACAGAUUCAUCCAGAACGACCAGCUUUGAUGGCACCGUCUGGUCCGGGAACAAGAGGGACAUCGGAGAACAUGGCUGACAGGAAGAAAAAUAAUGCAAUUUAUUUAUUUACAUUCCGCUGAUGAUAAUGCACUUCAAACAAUCAACUGCUUUGAAUCGGUAACAAAAAGAUCUUUUAAGACGGUAUUGUUGACUUGUGUAGCUGCCUUCUGCUUGUGUGUGUGCACACACACAUACACACAGAGGGACAAACAGUUCCAAGCUAUUGCGUGUCUCAGCCUGGCAGCCAUGAUGGAUCACCCAUCUAGUGCUGCCACUAAUCAAGGGUGAAAGGGGUGACGGUCACACACCUGAGACCUGACAUGGACACAUCCGACCCCUCCCGACACACACACACACACACACACACAUACACAAGCGCACAAAAUAGAAAGCACUAAAACGUUGCAAAAUCUUGGCGAUUGGACUCUUUCGAUUUAAAAAAAGAAAAAAAAAGAUCUGGUUACUAGUCUUUCUUAUUUUAGAUGGCGAAAGACAAUCUUCAAAUCUGGAUUUGAUUGUAUCGCAAUGAAUAUGCAAGAUACAAUGAAUGUUUGAAUUCCACAAUGUACAACGAAUUCCACUGUUUUUAGUCAAUGAAUGAAUAUAAUUUUGGACCAUAUUUUGUAACAUUUUUCACUGUAAUACUUAUUUUUCAAAAUAAGCAUGUUGAGCUGUUGUUCACUUGGGGACCGGUGACCAAGAUUAAUGUUACAAAUCAGGCAUUAUGACGAAUUCCCCAAUUUGGCUGACACCAAACUUUUUGUUUUAAAUGUAUUGUUUAGCCAUUUAACAUUUGUACUUUUUUUGUGACUGUCAAUCAGUUAACAUGACAUAAUGAUUGUGUACCUGCUCCUAUGAUUGAUUUGAACUGAAGUAUAAACAAAUUGCACCAGA